CGUCUCGCGCGGACCACCGCGAACCCCUGCGACCACGACGCUCCUCAACCACUCAACAACGACGACCGACGACCGACGAGCGACAACCGACAACGGCGCAGCCACAAUUUGCGUACCUCAACCCGGACAACUGCUUCCUAGGCCGGGACGUGUGCGGGAUGAGAAGUUACCUCCGUCUUUGCCGUGCCGCCUUGACUGUCUGACUUGUGAAAGAACUCAACAGAUCGAGACCGCAACGACGACCGCGACCACGAGUACUGUGUCUAUUACAGAAGAAAUAUUAUACACCGAAUACACUGAGUUAACCGCGAUCCCGGUCCGGAAUUGCUGGAUUAUACCGUUUAAUCAUUCCGCGUGUAAUUGUGCGCGUAAAUGUGAUUGCCGUCCGUUCGAUACUCACGUGCGUGCUGCUGCAGAGUUGUGAUCGGGGGGUCGCAAAAAGUGGAUACUGAUAAAUGGUACUCAGUGUCAUGUGCAGUGUUCCAGUGCAUCAAAUAACUAUUCGGUUAGCACGUCGUGCCCCGCCAGAUCCUCCGCAAAGUACGGGAAAGUUUGUCCUGGUGGUGAACCAGGAGUCCGUUGUCGCCCCGUGUUUUAGACCAGCGCGUUACGGCGUGCCGGCCAAUACUGCGCGUAUAACGAAAUUGUUUGCGUCAGAAAUCUCGAGGGGGAGGGCGACGAGUUGAGUAAAAAAAUGCUGGCACUCGCGAUGCGUCGCGAACACACCGCAGGCCGUAGUAAUUACAACGAUCCGAACUCCACGGCGCCAAACUUUGAUCAGCUCCAGCACUCGUUCGCGGUUCAGUCCGAGGGUCUUGAAGCGGUGGUCCUCAACUCGCGGCUGCGCGACAACAACCAGGGUACCGGAGGCGAGUCCGAAAGCGCCGAGGCCGAAGGUGAAGGUGAACUGCAAGAGUUUGUUGACAUUGCACAGGUCCAGCAGCUCCUGCAACAACAACACCAUCAUCACCACCAUCAGCAGCAACAGCAGCAACAGCAGCAUCAACAACACCAACAGCAACAGGUCCCACCAGGCUCUACUUCCUGUGUCUGGGGUGCCGUUUACCCACCGCCACCGCCGGCGAUAACUUUUCCUCAUUCCACACACCAUCAUCCCCAUCAUCACCAUCAUCAUCCCACGCCAGGAGAGGAUACCUGUCCGUCUGGCGAGGAUACCGCGGAGCCGUUGCAGAGGAUGACGAUGGACGGGAUGGAAGUGGUGGGCUCGCAACCCCACGCAGCGACCAGUCCAUUCCUGCUGGCCUCGCCGCCUCUCGGUCACCACCAUCACCAUCACCAUCAUCAUCACGCAACCUUCAACCUGCAGGCGGUGCAGCUAAGCUUCGACGCUUGUCUCGCGUACAAUACCGUGUCCUCGGGAAGCACGACGUCGACCGCGGCCACGACGUCGACGGUCUCGUCGAGUAAACCGGUGCCUUCGCUCUCCCUCGCCUCCUGUGUCUCACUACAGCCCCAACAGCCGCAUCACACGACCGGCGACAACUCUGCCGACCUGCACCACCAUCACCACCGAAACAACCACCACCAGCUCCAUCAGACUCAUCAGCACCACCAUUCUGAGGAGCGUCUUCGGCUCACCGACACCCCGUCGUCCCCGUGCGAGACUGCCUCCGGCGGCGAGCUCAAGGAGAGACGGCAACACCUCCACGACGACGAGGAGUGCGUCGGCGUUUCCAGCUGCAGGGACGACCUCGGGGACACCGCGGAAAAGGACAAGCCCGGCGACCUCAACACACCCGUUACCACGAGCAGCGACCUUCCUUCGUUCUUCGGACCCUCGGCUCUCGUUGAACCUCCCCCCAUUUCAGGAAGCUUGGCUGGCGAAGACCUUUCCUUGGAGGAGGCAGCCGUCGAGGAUGACGAGUCGACAGCCGGUAAUCGGGACCACCACCAGCACCACCACCAGCAUCAACAUCAGCAGCAUCACCACCACCACCACCAUCAACAACAACAACAACAACAACAACAACAGCAACAACAACAACAGCAGCAGCAGCAGCAACAUCAUCACCAACAGCCGGAAAACUCGACGGGUCUGAGAUGCGACACGGACGCGACUACGGGAGGAACGACGCCGCCUCGAGCGAGUGCGACAGGUCACCACGCGACCCAGGAGGAGGCCGAGCGUUGCAACGCGGUACUUCAGAGCGGUGUGAUCCUCUACUCGUCUCCGCAUUCCUCGACGCCGACUGGAGCACCUUCGACGAGUCACACCCCGGCGAACAUUUGCAACGUACCGACUCUGACGUACCGUGGGAUUUUCACAGCCACCUGUACUCAGGCCUCACCCCUCAACCCAAUUCAGUCGCAGCAGCAAACUGUGACCCCGGAACUCUGGGGGAGCUUACCAUCGCCCACCUUGAAUCUGACCGGUCAACCCUUCCUCCACCCCUCUCUCCACGCAUCUCCUUACGGAGCAGAGACUGUCGAGCUACUCCAGGUCGAAUCGAAACCCCCGCCGCCACCCGGCUAUCACGACACUUCGACGCCGACGCCCGCCAGCUGGCUGACGGCCCACGAAGAAACUUAUGACUCGAGCCUACUUUCGCACCACCAACAUCACCAUCCGCAACAUCAUCAUCAGCAACAGCAUCACCAGGAACCGACGCUGAAGCAGGAACCAUCCACAACUCCAGGGGGCUACAGUACCGGGAACGUGCAGCAGCAGCAGCAGCAGCAGCAACAGCAACAGCAACAACAACAACAGCAGAGUGGCGGAGGAAACGGAGCGACCGGGAGCGUACAACUCGCGGAGUACAAUCCAAGCACGUCGAAGGGUCAUGAGAUACUGUCCCAGGUCUAUCAGCAGAGCGCGUUACCGCUCCGGCUGGUCCCCGUAAAACCGCGAAAGUAUCCAAACCGGCCGAGCAAGACGCCGGUCCACGAACGUCCCUAUGCCUGUCCGGUUGACGGUUGUGACCGAAGGUUCUCCCGGAGCGACGAGCUUACCCGACACAUUCGCAUCCACACAGGUCAAAAGCCGUUUCAGUGCCGCAUAUGCAUGAGAUCCUUUUCACGGAGCGACCACCUAACUACCCACGUACGCACCCACACCGGCGAGAAGCCGUUCUGCUGCGACCAGUGCGGACGAAAGUUUGCGCGGAGCGACGAGAAGAAACGCCACGCGAAGGUACACCUAAAGCAAAGGCUAAAGCGUGAAGCGUCGAGCUCCGCCGGAAGUGGUUCUAACGCCGGGAGCUCGAACGCCGGUAGUAACGUGCAGCGCAACCACCCCCAAGCUCACGCAUCAUCCCCCUGCAAUCAGUAGAAAAGGAGAUAUGCGCUCAUCCUUAAUACCCACCCCGAAACACUUUCAUUUUUACACAUCUCAUCGCUCUUUGUAAGUCUUUCCUUCCCUUCCCUCCGGUUCCCUUCCCUUUCCACCGCACUCUCGCACCACCUAUAUACUCACGCGACUGAUUUGAUUUUUAUUCUUCAUAGUUAUCAUCAUUAUUGUUAUUAUUAUUAAUUAUUAUUAAUUAUUAUUAUUAUUGUUGUUAUUAUUGCUAUCAUUAUCAUCGUCAUCAUCAUCACUUACUUCAUCUUUUUAUAAAAAUUACGUUAUCAUUGCCAAUCACCGUUCCCUCCCCCGACGAUUACGACCUCUAGAUACAAAACCGUGUUGCCGAACACGCUAAACCCGGCCCCAGUGUUCUUUCGAAAUCGCUUUUCUCGUCUCGUCUCGCCUCGUCUCCUCUCCUACCAUUUUUCCCAUUUUCCCGGUGGCUGUAUACCGUCCGUCCGUUCCGAGGGCGACCCUAUAUGUAUGUACCCAUGUAGAGGCGACCCGCCGCACCCAUUCAUCUCUCAUGCCUCUCAAAAUCUCACUACGAGCUGUAAUUACUCUUAAUCGAUACACACAUAUCUAUAUAUGUCCUAUGUAUCGAAACGCAUGCAUUGUAGGUAUGAAAUUAUAUGUGUAUGAUAUAUUAACGUACAUACAUGUAAUAUACGUCUGUAUAUUAUACGUAUACAUACGAAUAUACGUUGCAUAAUAAGCUCUGUAAAAUGUUACCCGGCAUAUACGUUCUCAAAAUUAUAUAUUGUUGAUUAUAAGAAUCAAAUUAAUAUUAUGUAUAUGUUGAUCUAUUUAUUAACACACGACGUACUGCUAAGGUGAAACAUUAAUAAUAAUAAUUUUUACUAUAGUAUAUAUGUAAUGCAACUCGAAAUUGCAUUAAAAAAUUGAAGGAAAAAUGUUAAAAACAAACAAAAAAAAAAAAAAAAAAGAAAGAGAUACCGUACUGUACCUAUUACUAUUAUAAUAUUACCAAGAUAAUUUUUUACAAAUGAUAUUAUUCUAUCGUUAUAUAUUAUAUAUUAUGUAGCUAUUUAGUACAUAAAUGAAUGUAAUGGUGCUCUGGAGUGCAACGCACGAGAAAAAAAACCAUCUACUUGUAAUAUUUUGUCGCCCAAUCGCUAUCGUCAAAAUACGGACGCCUCCACGAUAAUUAUUAACAAGAAAAAAAAUACAAGUUAACAAUCAUUC